CACCAAGGUAGGUUGCCUAGGGAUCCUGAGGAAGCUGAUGUGUUAUUCCUUCUCUGCAUCGAAGGAUCAGGAAGUUUGUAAUCUCUGCGUCGCUGAGAAGUUUUUUUUUACCUACUAGGACGUGGGGGAACAGGUGUCCCCCUAAAAUAGAGCGCAGGCUGCUGUUUGUGUCCGGCUGUAACCCAGGAGUAACGUCAGAAACAGCUGAGAAUGACCACUUUAACUCACCGGGCCCGUCGCACUGAAGUAGGCAAGAACUCUGAAAAGAAGGUGGAAAGUGAGGAAGACACUAAUCAAGACGGGAGUCCAGACAAUGAAGAUUCUGGUGACUCUAAGGAUAUUCGCCUCACACUUAUGGAAGAAGUAUUGCUCCUGGGACUAAAAGAUAAAGAGGGUUACACAUCUUUCUGGAAUGACUGCAUAUCAUCUGGCCUGCGAGGGGGUAUCCUGAUAGAGCUGGCAAUGCGGGGUCGAAUCUAUCUGGAACCCCCCACAAUGCGUAAGAAGCGACUACUGGACAGAAAGGUACUUCUAAAGUCAGAUAGCCCAACAGGGGAUGUUUUGCUGGAUGAAACUCUCAAACACAUCAAAGCAACUGAACCCACAGAAACCGUCCAGACGUGGAUAGAGCUACUCACAGGUGAGACAUGGAACCCCUUCAAAUUACAGUACCAGCUGAGAAAUGUAAGAGAGCGAAUUGCAAAGAACCUAGUAGAAAAGGGUAUUCUAACCACUGAGAAGCAGAAUUUCCUCCUAUUUGACAUGACUACUCAUCCAGUGACCAAUACAACAGAGAAACAGCGACUAGUGAAAAAACUUCAAGAUAGUGUCCUAGAGCGGUGGGUAAAUGACCCUCAGCGUAUGGAUAAGCGAACACUAGCACUCCUGGUGCUAGCCCACUCCUCUGACGUGCUAGAGAAUGUCUUCUCCUCUCUGACAGAUGACAAGUAUGAUGUGGCAAUGAAUCGAGCCAAGGACCUAGUAGAACUGGACCCCGAAGUGGAGGGAACAAAGCACAGUGCCACAGAGAUGAUCUGGGCUGUGCUGGCAGCCUUUAAUAAAUCCUAAAGCCAGUGGAUGGGUUUCUUCUUUUUCCCCUGCUGGCUGGUGACUGUCAGAGACACCACACUGAGUUUUGUGUGAUGAGAUGUUUUUCAUCAUUUCUUUUUUCCUUCUCUUGAAUCAGACACAAGAUUUGGGGAUAGCAGCUUCAGCGCUUCUCCAUAAACUUUAGCCAUUGUAAACAUACUUUAUUUCUUCUUAUUUUUCCACUACAGAGGUGAAUAAACUAGGUCAAUCCACAUAUAUCCAAUAAUCAUUUUCUCUCAUUUCUUGGUUUACUUCCAUCUGUAUGCUUUUGGAUGAGCAGGAAUAUCUAAGUGGGAUUUGGAGUUCUCUGGUCAGAAAAUGUGAAUGAGAUCUAGAGCAAACCAUUUAUUAAAUCUUUUAAAGUUUGUUUAAAAAAAAAAAAAAAGGUUUGUUUUCUGUCCUUUUUUUUUUUCUUUUAAAGUAGACUCCAUGCCCAAUGUGGGGCUUACUCAUGACCCUGAGAUUAAGAGUCACAUACUCUACCAACUGAGCCAGCCAGGCACCCCUGUUUUCUACCUUAAAUACAUGUUUUCACAGCCUUUGUCUCUCAGGCUCUAUUAAGUAAUGUAGUUAUUGUAAUAACUGUCUCUUUGAAUAAGGGCAGUGGAGAUAAUACUAAUAUUUGGAGCAGCUGGUCUCUGGGAUUGUAUGUCCCACUAAUGAUUUUUUCAUUUUUCCUUUUCUAAUCUAAUGAGAAUAUUGCAAAUUUGAUUGCCUGUUCUCACAGCCUAGAAUCAGAAAUAUAUUCUAUAUUCUCUCUUAGCAUUAUCCUACCACCUCAUUCAUUAGGACAAAGUCUGAAUAAUAAAAAAAAAAAAUGAAUCUCUCAUGUCCAUGUAUCUCAUGUCCUUCAGUCAGCAGUAUGAUUUACAAGGGAGGGAGGCAGCAUGAGAAUUUCCACCCAUUAGCACAUGACUGUCCUGAUUCCUCCAGAUUACUCUACAUGUCUCUGACUGAAUUGAGGAAGUUAUAAAUUUCAGUUGCUGAAUAGCAGCAUCCUGAGUCCAGAAACUCCAUCUAAAUUCAAGAUGUUCUUGUUCCCUAUUUUCAACUUACUUUGUAAACUGAUAGAUUCUGUCUAUAUUUAAGCAUCCUAGGAGUAUUUUUGUCCAUAUAUAAUCCACAGUUAUCCUCCUAGUUGUUAGUCUUGUUUCAACACAGUCAUCUAUCUACCCAAAUCUCUAAAAAGUUUCAAUUUUUUCAAUUCAGUGGUGAAUGCAAAGAGAAGAUGAAGGCAGAUCCUAUUGGAAGAGUAAUUUGGUGUCAAAAGCUUGCGGAUGCAAAGUCCUAGUGUUUGGAAAGCAUUUAUUAAGCUAAAUUUUUUUAAUGAAUCAUGCCUCUUGACCAUUACAUAGAAACAGACUGUCAGAGGGCUAAUACAGCCAACCCAGACCUGAUAUCAGAUCUUCAGCUAUUAAAUGAAUGAUUGUAACUUUCAUCUCCCCUAAACUUAUUUAGCCCCAUAGAAUUCCCCAACUCAAUUAACUCAAUUAAGUUUGUCACUUCAGGUAUUGCUUAUGUGACUAGAGAUACAAAUUUUAGUGUGAAAUGAAUUCUAAAUGUGAGCCUGAGUAGAGUUUCCAUGUGGUUCUCUGAAAGUACAAAAAGCAGUCCAUGUAUUGUAUCUACCUUAGUUUUCCUUUCCAUUUGAACAAUUCAGUACGAAUUGAAACCAGGUUUUCCUGUGGAAAGUAUCAGCUUGAUUGGGGGGGUGGGGAGUAGAAGUUGAGUUGAGUUCUUUCUUGCAACUCUUGGUCAGUGUUUAUUUUUAUAUUGUAUCUCAAUGAGGAUGUCUUCAGUUUGAAUCUGUAUUCACUGCAAAACACCUUCUCCUUUAAUGCAUAUGGCCUUCACAUUUCUGUAUAAUAAAUAUCAAUUAUUGGUUCUCUGGUUGUA